CGACGGGACUGUCGUGCUGUUUUGUUGAUAUUAGCGUCACCUGAACUUUAAACUUCUUAAAUGCACAUGUCCGGCUUGCAGAGAAUAAACGGGCACAGAUAUUGUUGCAUUUCACCAAAACUGGGGACGUAAACUGGAAAGACGGUGGAACUUCAGAGUGUAUGUGGAGUUUGAUGAUGGGAUUCUGGCAGCCUCUGACCAACCUUAGAGGUUGUAUAUCCCAGAAUCCUCCAUGGGUCACAUUUUUCCUGUGUCUGUUAGCUCUGGCUGUCUCAUUCAUCGGCCUGGCCUGUUACAGUUAUUCUCACACCCUGCCCAACCCAGACUCAGUUAAGGACUGGAACCAUCUGCUGUCAUCCUUAUCACAGUACCAGCUGUGCACAAAAGCCAAUGAAAGUUCACCUGAGCUGGUCUACCCUGUCCCUUCUGCUCUAGAGCAGGACGUAAAUAGAGAGGCUUCUCCGAACUCUACAGAGACCCCUUCUUCUGUUGCCCAGUUGCAUCUUAAGGUCCCUCUGACUGUGACUACCAACACAGACAGCAGCUCUCUGAAAGAUCUCUGUCUUCACACCAGUUUGAAAGCCAGUCAGCUAAAUCUUGGAGACAAUGAGAUUUUAAAUGUGACAGUCAAGUUUCUGUCUGAAAAUGAUUCUCAUGCCUGCCUCACCAUAAGUGCCCCAGCCCACCUUCUGCCUAUGAGCCUGCUUCCUCCAGUGUGUCCUGCAUCUGUGAAAAACAUUUCAGCUAUCCACGUUGAUGCAGGUGAACAGCUGACUUCAGCAUCACACACCUGCUAUAGCCUGCAUUCUAAGAAUGACCCCACACUCCGAGUCAUGUUGACUAAGGAGGACCAGCGUGUGGCAGUGCAACAUCUUAUAGAAGUCAGUGUGUUUCUGCUUGGAGUCUGUUUGAUAAUCUGUUUGGUUGGUAGUCUGACAACUUCCCUGACACGGCGUUACCAGUGGAAUGGGCUGGAUCUACAAAAUGAGCCUUUGAUUGACCCCUGAAAAGUUUUCCUCUUCUGCAUCUUGACAACAUCAUUUGGUGAUUGGCAAGGUGUACAUUCCUGUUGUGAAUACUAGACUGAGAUAAUAUAGGAUAAACACUAAUUACAAUGAUUCAUUAAUGUGAUACACUACAUGGACCAUGAUGUAAACUGGACCAACUCAUCAGCUGGUAAUGCUCACACUGUUUGACUACCCAUACAUUUACUUAUGAGGUACUCAUUGAUAUGAUUGCACACUUUUUGCCUCUAUUUUAAUAUUUGUUCACAGUUGUCUAACAAUAGUGUUCUGCAUUUCUGCUAUUUGUGUUCUAUCAACCUGUCUCACUACCUCUAUGUGUCCCCAAAAUAUUGUUGUUAAUACCUGAAUUCUCUUAAAUUCAGUUGAGAUUUCAUUAAUCUCUGAUGUUUAGCAUGUGUUGAAUUAACAUGCAUGCCUAUUGAGGAUUCUGUUAGUAGAAACUUUGGCACCUUUGCUUGUUCAAGUCAGUUUUUUAUUUAUACAAUCCAAUAUCAUAAAACACAAAUUUGUCUUGAAGGGUUUUACAAUCUGUAUUGUAACUUCAAAAAAAGGGAAGAAACCUCAGGAAAAGUCACAGGUGAGAGAUCACUCUUACGUGAAAGAAAGACAGAAAUGGUAAAAUAAUUCUCUUUUGGGAAGGAAUAUUUUGAUUGUAGAUUGUUGUUGUUUUUAAUCCAGGAUAAAAUCAAGUUAAAUGUGUCAUUAAUAUAUAUAUUUUUUUAAAGGCUCAAAAUGUAAAAGCUCUAACAUAUGUGUUUAGACACACACCACUGAUUGUAAUAAAUGUUUUAUUUAACUGUAACAAUUGACCUUUUGAACAAUAAUCUAUUCUUCAAUAACUAUUUGUAUACUCAAUAUUUUUGUUCAGACUAACAAUAGACUAAUAUUUUCAGAUAAUAGAGAUCUAAGUUUUCAUUGUGGUUAAGAGCCCUUUUCUUGUGUGGCAGUUGGUUUGCAAUCUACACUUAGUGGAUGUGUUUUGUUUUAAUUUUUUUUUUUUAUCUAUACAUCUAUAAAAU